GCGUGUCUCUGGGCUGAGGGUUUCGCCCGCGGCCCAGCGGGCGGGCCCGGGGUUGCUUCUCCACUCCCCAGCUCCAGGGGGCGCUCUAGCGCCGGCGCUCCGCCGCCCCCUGCGCCGCGCUCCGCUCCGCUCGGCGUUGCGGGCGGCUCCGCGAUGCUACGUUCCCCCUCGCCGCCCUCACCUCCGCCCUCCUCCUCCGCGGCCCUCCCCGCCCGUGGUAGGUGCCGGAAGUGCCGCCAUUUUGGGGUGUUCUGCUCCGGCGGCGGCGGCAGCGGCAGCGGCGGCGGGACGCGGAGGCUCCCCCGGGACUCGGCCUCAGCGGCGAGGCGGCGGCGGCGGCUGCGGAGGCUCAGGCAGCAGUUGAGGCAGCGGCGGGCUCAGGUGCAGCCGCUGGAAGCUAAAGCUGUGUGUAUUUGUGGAUCAGACAAGUGCAGCAAGUUUAUAUCAUUGGCUUCUGAAGGGGAGAGUGAGGUGAUGGCCGCGUUUAAGUUGGAUUUCCUUCCAGAAAUGAUGGUGGAUCAUUGCUCUUUGAAUUCCAGUCCUGUCUCUAAGAAAAUGAACGGCACCCUGGACCACCCAGACCAACCGGAUCUUGAUGCCAUCAAGAUGUUUGUAGGCCAGGUGCCAAGAACCUGGUCUGAGAAGGAUUUGAGAGAGCUCUUUGAACAGUAUGGUGCUGUGUAUGAAAUAAAUGUCCUAAGAGAUAGGAGCCAGAACCCUCCUCAGAGCAAAGGGUGCUGUUUUGUUACAUUUUACACCCGAAAAGCUGCAUUAGAAGCACAGAAUGCUCUUCACAACAUGAAAGUCCUCCCAGGGAUGCAUCAUCCCAUACAGAUGAAGCCUGCUGACAGUGAAAAGAACAAUGCAGUGGAAGACAGGAAGCUGUUUAUUGGUAUGAUUUCCAAGAAGUGCACUGAAAAUGACAUCCGAGUGAUGUUCUCUUCAUUUGGACAGAUUGAAGAAUGUCGGAUAUUACGGGGACCUGAUGGCCUGAGUCGAGGUUGUGCAUUUGUGACCUUUACGACAAGAGCCAUGGCACAGACAGCUAUCAAGGCAAUGCACCAAGCACAGACCAUGGAGGGUUGCUCAUCUCCCAUGGUAGUAAAAUUUGCUGAUACACAGAAGGACAAAGAGCAGAAGAGGAUGGCCCAGCAGCUCCAACAGCAGAUGCAGCAAAUCAGCGCAGCAUCCGUGUGGGGAAACCUUGCUGGUCUAAAUACUCUUGGACCUCAGUAUUUAGCACUUUAUUUGCAGCUCCUUCAGCAGACUGCCUCCUCUGGGAACCUCAACACCCUGAGCAGCCUCCACCCGAUGGGAGGAUUAAAUGCAAUGCAGUUACAGAAUUUAGCUGCGCUAGCUGCUGCAGCAAGCGCAGCUCAGAACACACCGAGUGGUACCAGUGCUCUUACUACAUCCAGCAGUCCCCUCAGUGUACUCACCAGUUCAGCAGGGUCCUCCCCGAGCUCCAGUAGCAGCAACUCUGUCAACCCUAUCGCCUCCCUUGGAGCCCUGCAGACGCUAGCUGGCGCAACAGCAGGCCUCAAUGUCAGCUCUUUGGCAGGGAUGGCUGCUUUAAAUGGUGGCCUGGGUGGCAGCGGCCUCUCCAACGGCACUGGAAGCACCAUGGAGGCCCUUACGCAAGCCUACUCGGGCAUCCAGCAGUAUGCUGCGGCAGCACUCCCCACUCUGUACAACCAGAAUCUCUUAGCGCAGCAGAGUAUUGGUGCUGCUGGAAGCCAGAAGGAAGGUCCAGAGGGAGCCAACCUGUUCAUCUACCACCUGCCCCAGGAGUUUGGAGAUCAGGACCUGCUGCAGAUGUUUAUGCCCUUUGGGAAUGUCGUGUCUGCCAAGGUUUUUAUAGACAAGCAGACAAACCUGAGCAAGUGUUUUGGUUUUGUAAGUUACGACAAUCCUGUUUCGGCUCAGGCUGCCAUCCAAUCCAUGAACGGCUUUCAGAUUGGCAUGAAGCGGCUCAAAGUGCAGCUCAAACGCUCGAAGAAUGACAGCAAGCCGUACUGAGCGUGCUCCCCUCUGAGACUGGAGUGAGAGGGUCUUCUGGCACAGCUUGCCCUGAAGACUCGGCUACUGCCUUCUGUGGGAGUUUCGCUUCGUACAGAGGACAAGUUUGUGCUUUGGUUUCCAGUGUUUUACUUUGGAGUUUAGGUGCCAUAUCCUGAGUUGGUUUUUUCCCCCCUUUAUUUAAAGUUUGCUGUGUUUGUAACCAGUGUGUGUUGAGAAGGACCAAUAUCAAAACUGCCCUGGGGGUGGAGUGUGGAGAAACAUUCUAAGGAAGAUCAAAACUCACUCCCAAACUACCUGCACUAAGAGAGACUACUAAAUUAUACCAGAAACUGACACCCGAAUCUCUUCUGAAUCUCCCUGGGUGUGAGAAUGGAUGAAAUGAGAACUGAUCUCCAUGAGGUGGGGUAGGGGUGGAAGAGAGUCAAGGGUGACUAGACAUCCUUGGGAGCUGAAGGCUCAGCCUUUAUAGCUGCCUUUUUUUUUUUUUUUUUUAAAUCCUGUCUAGGGUUUCUGGCCCUCAAUCCAAGAAGGGGUUAACUAUUCUCUGGAAAUUAAAAAGCAAACUCCUGUUAACAUAAUGACAUCUGAAAAAGCUGGACGGUAUCUCCCUGUGGCCAGUGUUCCCAGCCAGUCACUGACUGGGAAAUAGUCAUGAGUUCGUGGCUGUUAAGAAGAAACAGCUGGCCAAAGAACUCCUUUUUCAUUUAUUUCAGCACCACAAUUUAUUAGACCACAAUUCAUUUCUUACAGAUCCCUUUGAAGCAACUCUAGGAAAGCCACUACCACCCCAAGCCAGCAGCUGUCUUAUGAGGGCAGGUCUAAGAAGGGCUUGUAGUGUCUAGUCUCUAGCUGAAGGGGGCACCUCUCCGUAGCUGGGGUGUGGGUGAGUGGGGCAGCAAGUGUUUGCUUCCUGGUGUACCUGAAUCAAAGGGUCCCUUCAAGCCACAGUACUGCAUUUGCCCAUCACUCAGUACUUAAAAGGUUUAAGAAAUCCACACUGCCUUCUUGGUUGAGGUCUCUCAGUCCUAUUCUCACCAAGGCAAGUCCCUCUCAGACCACUUCAGCCCCAUCUUCUCUAUUUGGAGAUACAGGAGACAAGAGGACGUUUACAGCCUCCAUAUGGUUUUAGUGUUCUUUUACCUCAGUAUUACGUGUUGAUUUUUGUCCUCAUGCUUGCCGUUAGCUCCCUGCUGCCUCCCACAGGUCUCACUCCAGCUCUUGCCUGUGACCCACACAGCGUCUGGGCUCCGCCUCUGCUCCAAGAAAACACUGUAGGGUUGUAGAGCCCAGAAGGACAUGCUGUUGGGAAUGUGCACCUGGCCAAAGUGGCCCUGUUAGGAUGUGACUCUUAGCCAGGGACAGGGUCCCUGGGAUCAUAAACCUCACAAUCAGACCUGACCCUUAGCAUCAGAAAUGAAAUGACAGGUCAGCCCACUCCUAGGGCAGGUGAGGACUCUUCUCAUACUGUCCAUUUGGGACACAGACUGGGGUUGCCCGUCUUGCUGGUGUACAGGUAGUUGGUGGGUUAUCCCAUUGAACCUGGGACACUCGUCCCUUCUCAUAGUGACCACUUGGGUCUGGGUCAGUUGUCCUCUGAGAAACGUGAAACAUACUUCUUAAGCUGAACCACGUAAACUUGAAUUCUGCGCACUGGGAGAAAUGUGUCCUGUGUUUCAAGGAUAAAACUGUCCAAAGGCUUCCAGGGUCAAUGAUGGGAUUUUUUUUUAAUAAAAAUAAUAAUAAUAAAAAAAAGAAAAAAAGAAAAGAAAAAAAAUGCUAGGUUGGGGAGGCGCUGUUCUGAAUCCCAACCGGCUGGAACCAAGAAUGUCAUUUCUAUUUUUAUAGAAGUUUUAUACAGCUCCGGGGUGGAGAAUAUUUAUUACCUAAAUUAUAUCUCUGGAAAAGGCCAGGAUUUUGUAGAAUCCAGAAUGUGAUUGUUGUACACACAGGGUGCUGUGUAUGAUUGAAACUACUGACUUUCUGUGGCCCGUUCGCAGCCCAGCUAAUCUGUGGGGGGUGGGGUGGGGGGGGUUAAUGCUGUGAAUUGGCAAUGGAGAGAGCUGUGCUCUCCAGGGUGCUGCCAGUGCUGUGGUCACUUACCUUCUGUUCUGUCUUCCUCCUUGGCAUUAUGGGGAUUUUCCAAAACCCAGAACUCUUAAUUCUGUUUCCACUUGCCUCCCCUCUUUGCCUGCCUCCCUUGCUUGACCAUUAUUUGACAACAGAUGUAUCCUGAGCCCUGGGAUUACAGAAAACCCCUUUCUAAAUGACAAGACAUUUCUGAAUGACCUAGAGCCCACAAUUUCCUCCCUGCUUGUGGUCCUCUUUUCGAAAAAAGAGCUUGUGUCCAGCAGGGCCCUAGGCCACAAUGGCCAGCUGGUGAAAUGCACUUCUUCCCUCGUGUCCUCUUCUCCCCUGCCCAGUGACUUAGCACGGCACCGCCCAUAAGCACAGCUCUCUCCCCAAGCCAAAGAUGGUUUUGUGAAGAAGCUGCUCCCGUAAAAGUCUCACAGUAUGAAAAGGUUUAGCUUGGAGAGUGGAGACUAGCAAUCAAGUCUUACAGCAACCCUUUUCUGUUGUGGGGGCUUCACUUUACAUAAAUGUGUUUUCUGCUGUAGUUUUGUCUCUUACUUGGGUUUCAUCAUGAGAUGGAUUUGCCGUGAAUGCAGCCAUUCACUGUUUCCUGGGUUCCACAUGAGUGGCCAGGACCUGUGUGGAAGCUAAGAGCUUGGAUUUCUGGAAACAAAGGGCCAUCUCCAUGACACUGAGGAGAAUUCCUGGAAAUUUUCCCCACGCCCCUGCCAGCAUCCUCUACUUUCUCCCCAGCUCCCAGGAGUGGAGGCUGAGGCUGAGGCUGUGCCCUGCCAGAGACUUCCCCGGAUGUGUUUGAGCUUCCCGAGAAAUCCAAGCCUUAGGUUCCCUUCUGUCUCUGGCAGUUGGAUGUCCUCUCGGUGUCCUCCGUUGUCCUUUUUGACUUUUCCCUGUGUCCAUUGUUAGCAUGUGCAAAAGUCCCCUGUCAUCACCCAGCCCUGCCCCGCCCGCCUCCUCAUUUCAGGGCUGUACACAGUGAGUGUUCCUGUUCUGUCUCUCUGUUUGGAUGUAUUGCUCUGUAACUCAGUGGGUCUCCCUCUUUCUGGUUUGUUUUUUUCUAGAUUCCUGCCGUUUGUUCAUCGUUGUGCCUAAAGCAUGUCGAUGUGGCGUCAAGUGCAUCGUCCAAAUCCCUGUCUCUUCAGCUUCUCUGAUGCUUGAACUCUCACCUUUGACCUUGUGUUGACCUUUGAUGCUGAUGUGUAUUUUUAUUAUGUUUGUUUCUUUCUUUGUUUUUUCUUUUUUCUUCCCUUAUUUUUUUUUCUUUUGUGCUGCCAAAUUGGUUUUGCUAGAACGACUGCUGAAGGGGAAAUAUUUAAACUUGCAUUUGAAUAUAAAAAAAUCUAUUUUUCUAGAACUUCAUAAGAUAACCACUUGAUUUUGUGAUUCCAAUUCUUUGUAAUUGUCUUCAGAGCAGCCCUGCUAGCACAUACCGCGUGGUGUUUGUGUUUCUGUGAACACACAGCCAGUCCGUUUCUAGGCUUUGUUUCUGUGUGCUUAGUUUUAAAGACAACUUUGAAGUAAACAAUGAAAUAAAAGAUGUCACUAAAACCUUUCAGGCUCCUGAGCACAUUUUGCUGAUACAGUCUGUGGGGCUAGAGGAGACUGCGUGUGUUCUUUGCUUUCCUGAGUUCUCGACUGCAGGAAGCACUCACACCCGUGUCAUUUUGGUGGCAGGCUGCAGUCGGAGCGCCAGCCAGUCUUUUCCCUUUUUCUUUUCUGGUUUUUCCAGAAAAGAGGGACCCAGCGGGGUGCCUUUGGGUCCCUCUUGUCCCUGCUCCCCCCCCCCAUGCUUGUCCCUAUAGUCUCCACAGCAAAAUGUGAUGCUUUGAUUUUUUUCGUUGUUUUUAUAUUGUUUCGUGUUUUUGUUUUUGUUUUGAAUUUUUUUCUUUCUUAUUAAGAUUAUACCCAGAAGGAAAGUUUUGCAUGUUUCCUGCUGUUUCUUCACACCUUCAUAUGUAUAUAUAUAUAUAUACAUACACACAUAUAUAUCACCCUCACCUCUCUGUUUUCUAUAGUUUGUGCAAAGACUGAUCGAUUUAAAAGGGUUUCAAAGAAGCUGUUUUAAAUUGUUGUGGGGUUAUUAUUUUUUUUUCAAGAUUGUACUUUAUUUUGAAGUGGCAACUUUCUCCUCUAUUUGCCUGUGCACCUGUGCACUUAGACUGUCACUUAGACUGUGUGACCUCCAGGCCUCAGCAGGGCCUCUGGGAGGCUGGCUGCUCUGCUCAGAGAUAUGGGAAGGGGGCCUGGUGAGGCUCGAGGAGCAGAUAGAGCCCAGAAGGUGGCUGCAGGUGGACAAGAGACUAAGCACGUCAGGGCUAGUGAGUACCCCUUAACCCAAGAGGAGGAGGGUGCUCGGAACCACUCAGCGGAGGAGGCCAUCUGUGCACUAAGCGGCCUACACCUGCCAGCGCUUUUCCUAGGCGACAAGCACAAUACUACAGUCUUCACACUGUUUACAGCCCUGGGCAUCAACUACCCCACACCGGCUCUUCACGGCAGCUCUGCUCUUGCUUAGCUAGUGGGGUGGGGGCAAGGGCAGCGAUCCUUUUUAAUCAGGUGAAGAGCCAAAUAGCUACUGUCCCCGGGUGCCAGGCAAGCCAGUUCCUUGGUUCCCUGAAGGGACUUGCCCUUCUCUCUUGUGGCACCAUCCAGCCUCAGGGUCUUAGGACUUGAGUAAGAAUGUGAAUGGCGGAGGGAGAGGCCAGAGGAGACAGGAGGUCACGGACGGGUCUGUGGAGGUAAGAGGUUGCAGAGGGAGGCGUUUGAUAGAUCCCACCCAGAUCUCUGCUGCCGCCCGGUGAGCAAACUGGGAAGUAGGAUUGUGCAGGGAAGGGUGAGGGGUAGCCUGGGGGGCUGGGGGCGGGGGGUGGGGAAGGUAGAAGCACUGUUAGCAUCACCCAUGCUGGGCUUGAUGAAGAGGGUUCCCACCAGCCAGUGUUUCUGCUCUGGGACCCAGCAGGCUGCCUAGUGUUAUGCUUGAGGCCUCUCUUACUAGGAGGGGCGGCCAGAUGGAAACCCAGUGUAUGGUAGGCUGCUUCAUUUCCUGGAAGGGGUGAUUGGAUGGGAAGAGGCCAGGAACCCCAGCCUGAGCGAGGCUGCUGUGCACCCCACAGUCUGACUGCACAGAGCUGCCUCUGUUGGCAGAAGGCACUGAGGCUCCCCUUCCUGUGUAUUCAGAAUCUGUGUUUGCCAAUAUAUUUUGCUUUCAAUUCCAAGAGGAACUCUGGGAAAACCUGUGGAUAAAACCAAAUGCCAAACGUUGGACGUUGUUUCCUUUUCUUCUCUCUCUGGUUGUUUUAAUUGUUCUGUGGUGGUUUUAAUGGAUUUGAGGCCCUGGAGCGGCAGCUGCCUUUCUGAUUUCCAGCUGCUUUUUGUGAAUAAUUUAAAAAGAAAAAAAAAAGAAACUUUACAUUUUGGAGACAAACCUAUGUGAGUUUUUUAUUGGUACAAACGUUGUAUUUAACACUAGGGGUUUUGUACAGUUUUUUGCCUUUUCUACUAGAAAACAAUGUAAAGUGAUUUCACAAUGUGAAGAGAAAAAAAAUUGCCACUAUGACCAAAUGCACAGUCUGUUCUGCAGCAACAACGGGAUUCAAUCAACUCAGUCGUGAUUCAGCCGUAGAAACGCUUUUUCCUUUACCUCGUUUGAGCUUUCCCUUUCUUUCCUGUUUUGAUUUGCAAAAGAAAAAAAUUGUCUUUUUUGUGUGAACUUGUGUUGUACUAUGUAGAAAAUUAUGGAUUUUACUUUAAUGGUUUUAAAAAAAAAAAAAAAGGCAAGAAGAGUCUGUGGCUCUUCUGACCUGAUCACAGAGUUUGUGUAGUGGAUUAAAAAAGGAAAAAAAAUUGUUACAAGUUUGGAGCUACGGAGUAUGUGUUAAAAAGGAAUCUCCUUCUUCCCCCUUUUUGUGUGUUUUUCCUUUUGUCCCAAUGGGGAACCUAAAUGUGUUUUAAUUGCACAGACACAUGGACAAAAGUCAUUUUGUAUCUGCCAAGUGUGGUACCUUCCUUUGUUUAUUUGCUAUUAAACUGUUUGAGAAGAA